GAGCUCCAGCUUGUCGACGUGAACUCAAAUCAAACCUGAAGAAGAAGUUCCAGUGUUUGUUUGAGGGUGUGGCUAAAGCAGGAAACUCCACCCUUCUGAAUGAGAUCUUCACAGAGCUCUACAUCACAGAGGGAGGGACUGGAGAGGUCAAUGAAGAACAUGAGGUCAGACAGAUUGAAAGAGCUUCCUGGAAACCAGACAGACCAGAAACAUCCAUCAGACAAGAAGACAUCUUUAAAGCCUCAGCUGGAAGAGACGGACCAAUCAGAAGAGUGAUGACAAAGGGCGUGGCUGGCAUUGGAAAAACAGUGUUAACACAGAAGUUCACUCUGGACUGGGCUGAAGACAAAAGCAACCAGGACGUACAGUUCAUGUUUCCCUUCACCUUCAGAGAGCUGAAUGUGCUGAAAGAGAAGAAGUUCAGUUUGGUGGAACUCAUCCAUCACUUCUUCACUGAAACCAAAGAAGCAGGAAUCUGCAGGUUUGAAGACUUUAAAGUGGUCUUCAUCUUUGAUGGUCUGGACGAGUGUCGACUUCCUCUGGACUUCCACAACAGUGAGAUCCUGACUGACGUCACAGUGUCCACCUCAGUGGACGUGCUGCUGACAAACCUCAUCAGGGGGAAACUGCUUCACUCUGCUCGCCUCUGGAUAACCACACGACCUGCAGCAGCCAAUCAGAUCCCUCCUGACUGUGUGGACAUGGUGACAGAGGUCAGAGGGUUCACGGACCCACAGAAGGAGGACUACUUCAGGAAGAGGUUCAGAGAUGAGGAGAAGGCCAGGAGGAUCAUCUCCCACAUCCAGACAUCACGAAGCCUCCACAUCAUGUGCCACAUCCCAGUCUUCUGCUGGAUCACUGCAACAGUUCUGGAGAACAUGUUGAAAACCAGAGAUGGAGGAGAACUGCCCAAGACCCUGACUGAGAUGUACAUCCACUUCCUGGUGGUUCAGUCCAAAAUGAAGAAGGUCAAAUAUGAUGGAGGAGCUGAGACAGAUCCACACUGGAGUCCAAAGAACAGGAAGAUGAUUAAGUCUCUGGGGAAACUGGCUUUUCAGCAGCUGCAGAAAGGAAACCUGAUCUUCUAUGAAUCAGACCUGACAGAGUGUGGCAUCGAUAUCACAGCAGCUUCAGUUUACUCAGGAGUCUUCACUCAGAUCUUUAAAGAGGAGAGAGGCCUGUACCAGGACAAUGUCUUCUGCUUUGUCCAUCUGAGUGUUCAGGAGUUUCUGGCUGCUCUUCAUGUUCAUCUGACCUUCAUCACCUCUGGAACAAAUCUGUUGUCAGAACCAACAACGAGCCAGUGGUCCAGACCAUUUAGAAAAAAACCUAAACUGAAUCAUCUGCACCAGAGUGCUGUGGACGAGGCCUUACUGAGUCCAAAUGGACACCUGGACUUGUCCCUCCGCUUCCUCCUGGGUCUUUCACUGGAGACCAAUCAGAAGCUCUUAAGAGGUCUACUGAAACAAACAGGAAGUGGUUCACAGACCAAUCAGGAAACAGUUGAGUACAUCAAGAAGAAGAUCAGUGAGAAUCUGUCAGCAGAGAGAAGCAUCAACCUGUUCCACUGUCUGAAUGAACUGAACCAUCGUUCUCUUGUGGAGGAGAUCCAAGAGUCCCUCACAUCAGGACGCCUGUCCACAAAGACACUGUCUCCUGCUCAGUGGUCAGCUCUGGUCUUCAUCUUACUGUCAUCAGGAAAAGAUCUGGAAGAGUUUGACCUGAAGAAAUACUCUGCUUCAGAGGAGGCUCUUCUGAAGCUGCUGCUGGUGGUCAAAGCCUCCAACACCGUCUUCUCUUUGAAACACACCUGUCCUUGUAGUUCAUCAUUGUGUCCACCAGAGUGCGUCAUUAAGACAACAGUUUGGACUCAUGUUGGACAGAAACUCAUUCAGACUGUUUCUUCCUCCAGGAUGGACCAUGCUGGAGAGCAGAGGUUAAAACCUGGUGUCAGGAAGUAUUCAUGUGAACUGGAACUGGACACAAACACAAUGAGCAGAAACCUCAAACUGUCUGACGACAACAGGAAAGUGACCGGUGUGAGAGAAUAUCAGUCGUAUCCUGAUCAUCCAGACAGAUUUGAGUCCUGGCCUCAGCUGCUGUGUAGACCUGGUCUGACUGGUCGCUGUUACUGGGAGGUCGAGUGGAGAGGAAGAGUUAAUAUAUCACUGAGUUACAGAGGAAUCAAGAGGGAAGGCAUCGGUUCUGACUGUUGGUUUGGACGUAAUGAUCAGUCCUGGAGUCUGUUCUGCUCUGAUGAUCAUGGUUACUUUGUCCUUCACUGUGGGACAAAAACACCCAUCAUGUCCUCUGUCUCUCACAGAGUAUCAGUGUAUGUGGACUGUCCUGCUGGGACUCUGUCCUUCUACAGCGUCUCCUCUGACUCACUGAUCCACCUCCACACCUUCAGGACCACAUUCACUGAACCGGUUUAUCCUGGGUUCCUGGUCUGGCCUGGUUCCUCAGUGUCUCUGUGUCCUCUGUAGGACAUGAAGAGACAGCAGCUUCAGUGGUGGACGAGGUCAAAGCUCAAAUAAUAUAAAAUAAAAUUCAAGGUUUUCAAUCAAAUAGAAAACAAAGUAAAUAAAGAUGGUAAGAGUUUGACUCUUGUUCUGAAGAACAUCAUCUUCUCAUGGAGCCUUUCUGUCCCAGCAUGCACUGCUUCUCCUCCUCCUCCUCUUCAUGCUGCCUGACAACAGCGCCCCCUGCUGCAUGUGAGCAGAACAACACUCAGAGUUACGCACACACACACACACACAUGGAAAAUGAAACACACAUGAGCAGAUUAUGCCAUGAAUGAGGAAGUGUGGUUUCUGCUGUGAUGCAGGUGAAACUGAGUGUGCGUGACCUCAGGAUGACCUCUGUCCUCCUGCUGCUCUGUGAACGACAGUGAAGAACGUGUCCACAGUGACAGGAAACUCAUGACACUCAGAGGGUUUUUGCACUUUCCAAACAUCAUCAGUGUCUGUGGUUUCUGUUUCUGUGGCUUAAUGAAGAAUGACAUUUUCAACAUCAAUAAAAACCACAUCAUAUCACUUUAA